AAACUACUUGUUAGCGUUGCCCUGAGAUGUACAUAUCCUGUAACCGUAGACUUGGUUAUUGCUGGCUGUACAGAAUUGUGCUCAAAUUAAAUUGCUUCUGGACCUGUUUUCGUUUGGUUUACAGAAGCUUAUUAUUAUGGAUGUUCCUUGCAUAUCAUUCGUGUGAAUUUGUAAAGGUGGAUGUAAAGGGCUAUGUCAGAGUGUGGAACUAUGAUGAUGCGCUACCGGUGAACUCUUUUCGAAACCAUAAGUUGUCUGACAGAGGUCUAUCUAAACUCUUGCUUAUCAAUGAGCUUGAUGAGAGCUUGCUUUUAGCUGCCUCAAGUGAUGGAAAUGUACGUGUAUGGAAAAAUUUUACUCAAAAGGGAGGACAAAAAUUUGUAACUGCUUUCUCAUCGGUUCAGGGUCAUCGAGCUGCUGGUCGAAGUAUUGUGAUUGACUGGCAGCAGCAAUCUGGUUAUCUGUAUGCAUCUGGUAACAUGUCCUCCAUUUUGGUUUGGGAUCUUGACAAGGAGCAACUUCUCAGCACCAUUCAGUCAUCUGCUGAUAGUGCGAUUUCUGCCCUGUUGUUGAAGAAACUAUGGGCGUGCUUGCUUAGGGUUUACAAUGUUCCCUUUUCUAUCAUUUAUGGUAUCACAGAUUGUAAGUGCAUCUCAAGCUGGAGACAUUCAGUUUCUCGAUGUUAGAAGGGCAGCAGAACCCUACCUGACGUUUGAGGCACACAUGGGUUCGCUUACAGCAGUGUCUGUUCAUCGUCAUGCCCCAGUUGUUGCAAGUGGGUCAGCCAAGCAGAUGAUUGAAGUGUUUAGUAUUGAAGGAGAGCAGUUGCUACCAGCCAUCAUUUAUGGGGCAAAGAAUAGGCAGUGUGAAUUGCCUUUCUUUCCACCUGUACAAAUCACUCUUGGCUGCUGGUGCUGGUGAUAAUGCUCUUGUCUCUAUCUAUGCUGAGGAAAAUUACAAGUAAGAUGAGGUCUACAUCUGUUGACAUGGAUCAACAAUGCAACCAGUAGGCCUUAUGUUUUUGGCCAAGCAGUGGGUCCAUGCUGUGAUCCAGCUACAAGAUCCAAGAUGAUGUGAUGCCUGGUCACCGACAUGGUGGUGUGGGACUGGGGCUCUCGGCGCAUAUUGCUUGUUGGACAACAUGUGCAGUUUGUAUGAUACAGCCAAGAAAGAAUUUGAUUAACCUCCUUGAUAAGGUUUGAGAACCCCUACUAGGUUAACCGAAAUGUAAAUAGUCACCUCAAAAUUCGGCUGCUUUGCUUUGUGAAUUGUAAAAGGGUUUGGAGAUGCUUGGAUACCAUAAAUCAGGUGUGGUAGGGGCUGCUGCUGCCCGGGAAAGUGGGGGGUUGUGCAUAUGGGCUGAGUCAGGUCUUGACAGACGGAUGUUGCUGAAUAGAUAAGAUAGAUGCAUUUGUGCUGCUAAUAUAGCGCUAGAUGGGAUUAGUGUGGCCUGCAUGAAAUAACCUUUGUGCUCGAGUCACUUGUAUUGUAAUCACUUGACAGAUUAUUGUCCAUUUGUAAAUAUGAUGAAUCGUGUUUGUACAGUUGUCA